AUGAAGGUUUUUCGCUUAUAUUCAAAAGAGAUACAACAUACGAAAGCAGGCCUGAUGGGUGCCGAACUUGCUUCAGAGCCCUCACCCAAAAUGGAUGAUGGAUGUAGGACUGCAUCCGAGCCUACGCCGAAAGCGGAGCACGAUAGGCGCACUGCUGUGAAAUACACUGCAAUGCCGGAGGACGAUACGAACACCGCUGUGCCACCUACGCCGAAACAACAGGACGAUACUAACACUGCUGUGCCACCAACUCCCAAACAGGUGUGGUUUGAAAUAGUCCGGAUUAUUCACUGUAUUGAUGAAGAUGAGGACGAUACGAACACCGCUGUACCACCAACGCCGAAACAAGUAUGUUUAUAUGGUUUACAUGAGGCUCAUUUUGUCUUCCUCCAAAUAACAGAACUUCUUUCUUACAUUAUCCGAAUACAUUAA